AUGUACGUUGUUAAUAGGGAAAAAUUGAAGAAAUGGAAAGUGACAUUGGUCGAUUUGAAACACAAUCACAUGAUGAUUUCAAAGGAUGAAGUGCAUUUUAUGCAAAGGCCAAGGAAUAUAACUCCCGUUAUUCAGCAAUUAAUUGUGACAUUGAAUAGAUCAGGUAUUGGGCCUUCAAAAACAUUAAAUGUGUUAGGGGAGUUAACAGGUGGGUUGGAGAAUAUUGGAUUUGGUAGUCAAGAUGUUUGGAAUGUAUUUCGUGAUAUUCGACAUUAUGUGUUCGAUUCGACUGAUGCUUCAGAGGGUUUGGCAUUACUUCGAGAAUUGAUAGGUAAUAGUCAAGGUGAAUUUUUCUAUAAAGUUGACGUGGAUGAGGAAAAUCAUGUGCGGGCCAUGUUGUGGGUUGAUCCGAGAUCACUCAAUGCCUACCAAAAUUUUGGAGAUGUUGUUGUUUUUGACUCCACCUAUCGUACUAAUAGGUAUUGCAUGCCGUUUGUGCCAUUUACGGGGGUAAAUCACCAUUAUCAGUCGAUUUUGUUCGGAUUUGCCCUGAUAAGGGAUGAGACCGAAAAAUCUUACUUAUGGGUGUUUAAGAAUUGGUUGGAGGCUAUCGGGAACAAAGCUCCACAAACGAUCAUCACCGAUCAAGACAUUGCUAUUGGAAACGCAAUUGCCGAAGUUUUUCCGAACACAAAUCAUUUAUUUUUUGCACAAUUCGAAGAUAGGUGGGCGGCAUUAGUUGAAAAAUAUGAUUUGAUGAACCAUUCUUGGUUACAAGAUAUGUACUCCGUUCGACGCAAGUGGGUCCGUGUUUACACUAAACUUCACUUCACAACCGGGAUGACCACUACCUCUAGAAGUGAGUCGAUGAAUUCUUUCUUCGAUGAAUUUGUCAAUGCUAGUACCGGUUUGAAAGAGUUCAUAGAGAAUUCACAAAAAGCAUUGGAGAAACAAUAUUUACGUGAAAGAGAGGCUGAUUAUGAAACAAAGAAUAAGGAAAGGUCCAAAAUAACAUCAUCAUCAUUGGAGAAUCAUGCGGCAUUUACUUACACAAAAGAAAUGUUCAGACGUUUUCAACACGAACUCAAAGAAAGUGAAGCAUAUGUUGUGAUUGAGAAAGAGAUCAAUGCAAUUUACAAGCAUUACGAAGCAUAUAAAACAACGGUCCAAGAGGAGUAUAGAAAAUAUUAUGUUUUGAUCGUCACUGAGAAUGGCACCAUAACUUGUGUUUGUCGAAAAUUUGGAAGUUCAGGAAUGCUUUGUCGUCAUAUUAUUCGAUACUUGUAUAAGAUGCAAUGGACAGAGAUUCCUAAGCAGUACAUCACUUUGAGAUGGACAGUUGAAGGCAACAAAAGAGUGGGAGCCGUACAACACAAACGUCCGAAAAUUGGCAUUUUUCUUGAAUCACAACCUGCACGAUACAGUAGUCUAUGCAAAGCGUUCCAAGAUUUAGCAGCUCGUGGAAGUUGUUCAAUGGCGAGAUACAAUUAUCUCAUAGGUGUGAUUGAAAAAGAAUCGGAUUUUAUUGAAAAUUUUCCGAAUGAGGGUGUGAAAAAACGUGCGCGUGAGGAAGAUGAUGAUGCACAUGAGGAUGGAGAUCAACCAUAUGAUGAUGACGAAAAUUUCAACGAUUUGAGAAAUCCUAUAUUAUCUCAAACCAAAGGUCGUAAAAAAUAA